GGUUGAAAAGUACACCACCCCGCCGCCGCGCUCCGCCGUGCGCACGCUGUCCCCGCCGCAGAACAUCUCGGCGUCCGGUCCGAUGGCCGCCGCUGCCACCGCCACAUACAGGUUCUCGGCGCCAACCGCCGGCCGCUCGCGCCGGGGGUCCGGCCCGGAGAGACCUAGUGGUGUAGGCUGCAAUCCGACGCUCCGACCCAAUGCGGGCGCCGAAUCCCCAAUCCUUCUCUGUGCCCUAGAGGCUAGGGCUGCCGCCGCACCGUAGCUCGCCGUCGCCGCGGACACCUCACGUCUCCAAACCCCUCCGCCUCCAACGCGCAUCGCCGCCGCCGCCGCCGAGGUUCCUCAGGAUGAUGAGGCUAUACCGGAUGGAGAAUUAAGCGAGGUCUCCGUUUCAACUUAUGUUAACUCGUUGAAGAAUGAGUUCGCAACACUUCGUUCCGCUGAGAUUAAGGAUAUGGUAGAGAAUAACAAGAUUAAGCUCAGCACCAUUAUGCAGAGCAAUCGCGGUUCUUCAACAAUCUGGCAAACGAGUGCAUUGGAUGGUACAGGUUUAGCCACGAAUCUGCUGACACCUAGGCAACACGAUGCGUCGUGCUCAACGCUUGGUCUUGAACUGUGCCUUGCUGAGAAAGAUGGUGGCAGUUCUCAAGAAGAUAGUCCGUAUGGCACAUCGACUGCUACUUUGGGUGGAAUUCUCACUGCAAAGAAUGCUAAUAAGCCAAUUGAACUACCAAAAGUGUCAGACCUUCCACCUUAUACAACAUGGGUGUUUUUGGACAGGAACCAGAGGAUGACGGAAGACCAAUCUGCAUUUCAUCGACAAAAUAUUUACUACAAUGCACAUUGUGGUGAAGCUUUAAUGUUCAGUGAUAGUGAAGAUGAAGUUGUUGAGGAUGAAGAGGAGAAAAGGGAAUUCAAAAGCUCUGAAGAUUGUUUUAUUCGGAUGACCAUUGACGAAUGUGGCAUGUCUGAUGAAGUGCUGGAGACCCUAGCUCAAUGUUUUGAGAAGACUGCUGGUGAUAUAAAGGCCAGAUAUGAGAUCUUACAAGGAGAGAAUACUGAAAGUUCUUCCAAAGAAGUGUCCAAACUUAAUGCCAAACUGAAAGAUAUCUACCACGAUAAAGAUUUGGCUGCAGCAUUGGAUUCCUUCGAUAAUCUCUUUUGUCGGCGAUGUCUAGUUUUUGAUUGCAAACUACACGGGUGUUCUCAAGAUUUAAUAUUUCCUGCAGAAAAGCAAUCACCUUGGAACAGCAUGGAUGAUGUACCAUGUGGUAUUCAUUGUUAUAAGCUGGCCACCAAACACAAAGAUUCAGUUGCAUACUCACAACAUAAUUCUCCAAGCACAAGAAGUUCUCGGAAGAAGGAUGCACAUCAAAUGGAGAAUAACUCAGCUUUAGUGGAAGAUCGUAAUUAUUUGAUGGUGGAAACAAAUAAUGAGCAUUCAGCAACAGAUGGUCAUGAUAGUUCUAGGAAGGAAGAAUUAGUCGAUAAGAAUAUAUGCAGGCAAGAAGACAAUCUUGUAUCCUGGAUGGUGAUUGAGAAAGAGCUUCUAGUUAAAGGUGUGGAGAUUUUUGGAAGGAACAGUUGUUUAAUUGCUCGGAACCUUUUUGAUGGAGAGAAAUCAUGCAGUGAUGUUUUUCAGUAUAUGAAUUAUAUUGAGAACAGCAGCACAUCUGAGGUUUUUAGCGGUGUUGAUUCUCUUGUUAAAGGAUUCAUAAAAGUAGGUUUCAGUUUACUCUAUAUAUUUUCACCCGGGUGGUAUCUUAUGUCAGUGCUGCCGAUGUUGACAUCACAGGGACAUGGGUUGGGCCUGGGAUCACGGCGUCCUAGAAAGCGAGGAAGGGUCAAGCAUGCCUCAAGAUCUACAGUCUACCGUUUCAUAAGGAAAAGGAUUGCAGCAAUGAAGGGUGAGCUUCGUCAGCAUUACAAUCCAUGUGGUUGUCAAUCGGCAUGUGGGAAACAGUGUCCAUGUCUUAAAAAUGAUACAUGCUGUGAGAAAUUAUGUGGGUGUCCGAAAGCGUGCAAGAAUCGUUUUCGAGGCUGUAAUUGUGCAAAGGCUCAGUGUCGCAGCCGCCAGUGCCCAUGCUUUGCUGCUGACAGGGAAUGUGAUCCUGAUGUGUGCAGAAAGUGUGGGGUAGGUUGUGGUGACGGUUCAUUGGGUGUCCCCAACCAAAGAGGUGAUAAUUAUGGAUGUCAGAACAUGAAACUGCUUCUUAGACAACAACAAAAGGUCGUACUUGGGAGAUCUGAUGUUUCUGGCUGGGGAGCAUUCGUUAAGAAUACUGUUGGCAAGGAUGACUGUCUUGGGGAGUACACUGGGGAGCUUAUCUCUCAUAGGGAAGCAGCCAAGCGUGGACAGAGAUAUGACCGUGAGAAUUCAUCAUUCCUUUUCAACUUAAAUACUGAGUUUGUUCUCGAUGCCUUCAGGAUGGGCAACAAGCUGAAGUUUGCCAACCAUUCCCCUGAUCCGAAUUGCUAUGCCAAGGUUAUGUUUGUAGCAGGCGACCAUAGGGUGGGCAUAUUCGCCAAUGAGCGGAUUAAUGCAGGCAAGGAGAUUUUUUAUGAUUACCAUUACGCACCUAACGAAGCACCAGCGUGGGCUCUGAAGGCUGAUGAUGCCACUGGAGCGGAAGACCCCGGUCAAUCUUCCAGUGGAAGCGCAAAGAAGGUUGAUACUCCUGGAGCGAAAGACCCCGAGCAAUCUUCCAGCGGACGAGCAAAGAGGCCCCGGAAGUCUUCCAGAGGGCGACCGAGGAAGCAUGCCCGGUGAAGAAACACCAUUGGUUGAUUCUUUUUGUCGCGGGGCCGAAAUUCAGAAGCUAUCUCAGCACCUUAAUUUUGAACUUUUACAUUCGUUGGCACCUUUAUCAGCACUCCUUUGUGGAUGGAGCAUGAACCAUUUAAUAAGUGUCGGGUUUUAUUCAUCCUUAGGGCUUUGUAAUAAGGUGCCCACGCCGUAGCGGCGAUUGGGGUCAGUGGUGUUGCGGGCAUCCGGUCUAUUUGGCUGGAAACUGCCCCGGACGCUGUAUCAGUUUCGGUGGCCGGCGAUCAUGCUGUGCCGUUGGUUUAAUUGAAAAGCUAUCUUCAA